AUGAGGGAUGAAGCUGCUCCUCUUCAUCGCUCCUCUAAUGUGUGUGAAUUUGAUCUGCGGACGCCCCCACGUCCUCAUAACUCCAGAACCAGUCCGACCAGUGUCAGCUUCCAGCCAAUCAAAAUGACUUUUGGUUUCCCGGGACCUCCCUCCAGCCUGCUGGGCUUCCACUCGGUGUGUCGACGGCGUGGCGCCUUUCCUCCACGACACCUGAACCGGCUCGGACUGAAGCUGUCCCAGUCAAUCUUCAGCUUCAACAUGGCAGCGAGGAGCGCAGCGGCGAAGGCAGCGGCACAGCCGGACUUCCUGCAGUUUAACGAUCUGGCCUGCGAGGCGGUCGGCGGGAAGGUGAUUUUUGCUUCAGAUGAAUGGUUCGCUCCUGCUGCCAACCUGCUGAAGAGAGAGCCGCCGCAGUUCAUCGCCUCGGCCUUCACAGAGUUUGGAAAGUGGAUGGACGGAUGGGAGACGAGGAGGAAGAGGAGACCUGGUCACGACUGGUGCAUCGUCCAGCUGGGAGUUCCGGGCCUGAUCCACGGCCUCGACGUGGACACGUCCUUCUUCACCGGGAACCACUCGCCCCACGUCUCCGUCCAGGCCGGCUGUCUGGACAAACCCCCCACCUUCAGCCUGGAAGGAGACCGAACCGGCAUGGCCGCCUCCGACAGUCAGCUGGCUGCAGUCGCCAAGCUGGGCUCAGAGGCGUGGCCGGAGCUGGUGGGCGUGUCAGAGCUGAAGCCUGGAUACUCAGACUCCUGCCAUAACUACUUCAGGGUUAACUUCAAGCACAGAGUCACACACCUGCGCCUGAACAUGUACCCAGAUGGAGGGAUAGCCAGACUGAGAGUUUACGGCAUCGGACAGAGAGACUGGUCGUCCGUCUCCCCCCACCAGGAUGUCGACCUGGUGGCUCUGACCAAUGGGGGGGUCUGCCUUGGACACAGCGACGCCCACUUUGGGCAUCCACGCAACAUGAUUGGUCUUGGCCGAGCUGUGAACAUGGCUGAUGGGUGGGAAACAGCCCGCAGACUGGACAGACCCAAACACCUGAAGGUGGACCAGCAGGGGAUCCUGCAGGUCCCCGGUUCGGAGUGGGCCGUGUUUCGUCUCGGCCAUCCUGGAGUGAUCAGCAGCGUCGAGGUCGACACCAACCACUUCAAAGGUAACUUCCCGGACUCUUGCAGGAUCGAGGCUUGUUCUUUGACCCCUGAGGAGGAAGCUCAGUGCAUCAGAACCAGGUGGACUUCUGGGGAAUGGCAGGUCCUCCUCCCCCCUCAGAAACUUCGUCCUCAUCACAGACAUCUGUACGGCGAGGCCGAGCUGACGCCGGGCGGACCCGUCAGUCACGUCCGUCUCAUCAUCCGCCCGGACGGAGGUGUCAGCCGGCUCCGCCUCUGGGGUCGACCCACGCCCAUCGCUGCAGCUCCAGCCAAUCAGCAGAGACCAGCGUCCAAACUGUGA